AUGCACGCCCAUGAUGGGCACAGGUCUGAGGUAUUUUCUCACAGUGCCAACAAGCAGCUUUUGGGCUCUGCCUUUUUGGCCAGGAUCCUGAACAUUCCCGCAGCCCCGAAGAGACGAUGCUCGUGGUCCCCUUCCCCGAGGCCGCGCACCCUAGCCGCGGCAGGGCGGUUCCAGGGCGGUGCCGGUGCCGGAGACCGCGGCAGAGCGUCGGCAGGGCGGCGGCAGGGCGGGCUCCGGCGGCCGGGCGGGGCGGUGACGGGGCGGUGCCAGUGCCCGGGGCGGUGCCGGUGCCGGUGCCUGGGGCGGACCUCGGGGCAGGGCGAGGUGGAGUCGACGGGAAGCGCGACCGAUGCCGAUGGGAGCCCGGGGGAGGCUGCGGGCAGGUGGAUGCCCAUGGCUUUUAGCCCGGGGCUGCUGGUGGUGGCCGGUUCCUUUGCUGCUUUCCGCCUGUUGAACCGGGAGCUGGAGCGGUUGGUGCCGCCGCCGCCAUCGGCCCGCCGCAACCGCUGGAAGUGGCGUAACAUCUGGACGUCGCUGGCCCACAGUGUGCUCAGCGGCGGCGGGGCACUGGCCGGGUUCUGCUUCCAUCCUGAGCUGUCCGAGGAUCUGGUGGGCACUCACCCACCCGGGGCACACAGCCUGGUUGCUGUAUCUGUAGGUUAUUUCCUCGAAGACUUUGUGGACAUGUUGUGCAAUCAGAAACUUCACCAGUCCUGGGAGCUGCUUUUCCAUCACUCUGUGGUGAUCAUCUGCUUCAGUAUUGCAGUGCUGCUCCAUCAGUACGUGGGGUUUGCCCUGGUGGCUUUGCUGGUGGAGAUCAACUCCAUCUUCCUCCACCUGCGGCAGAUCCUGCUCAUGGCCAACUUGGUGCACACCGCUUGCUACCGGCUGAACAGCGUCAUCAACCUGGGCACCUACGUGGUGUUCCGCAUCGCCACGCUGGCCUGGAUGGCUCACUGGCUUCUCCUCAACCGGCAGAACGUGCCCCCGGCAGUCUACGCUGUGGGCACGCUGGGCAUGGCAGUCAUGAUGCCCAUGAACAUCAUCCUCCUCUACCGCCUGCUGCGGAGUGACUUCUGCAAGUCCAGCCGGGACAUGCAGCAGGAGAAGGAGCAAUAG